CUUAAAAUUGUAACACAAUAAUCAUGUGCCGUGCUACUGUUUAGCUUGUUAGCCAACUAGCUCUUCACCUACGUUGAGAGUUCAGAUCUCAUUUCCAACACAACAUAGAAAUAAAUGGAUCGACACGCCGGUAUAAAUAUUUCACAUUUGUUUUAGCCACUAAGCGGCUAAGCCGAUGUGAAACAGGGCAGCUGUUCUUAAUGUGCCAUGAUUGGAGCUAGUUAGCUGACUUAACUCACUUGCUAAACUUGAAAGACAGCUUUACAAGGCUUUUAGAAUUGUCCCAGACAUUAAUAAGCCCCUCUCAUAGUACUUAUUCAUUUAAACUGGACUACAGCGUGACACCUGUAGGAGCUAUGGACUAGUUAUUGAUUUGUAUGAAUUUAGUGUCCUGCAUCAAGACGAUUCGUACAUGGUUACCGGUCACUGAGCAGAGUUUUAAUAGAAACUGCUGGUAGAUGGUGAAGAUGGUCAGUUUUGGGAGGAAAGUGUGGUGUGGGAUGGAGAAGGGCUUCUGCUACCUGCCCAUCGUGCUCAAUACAACUCUGGUGUUCUCCAUCACGGCUGAAGUGAGCUAUCUGGUUUUGAUGGAAGCCCCCUUGGAGCCAGCACAGAAGGAGUCUGAGUGGUCUGCUCAUUGGAAGACCAUGCAUCUGUUUGCCCAGUACUUCAUGCUGGGAAGCAUAACAUGGAAUGCCUCUCUGUUCCUUAAAACCAACCCAAGUAUCCGUGGAGUAUUUCUUAAUGGGGAUAUCGUGGGGCAGGGUUGGAGAUACUGUUACACCUGUGAGACACACACUCCUCCCCGAUGCUCACAUUGUUAUGACUGCAACGUGUGUGUCCUGCGUCGAGAUCACCACUGUGUCUUCUUCGGCCAGUGUGUAGGCUUCCGCAAUUACCGCUACUUCUUGAGCUGUCUGCUGUUCAUGUGGGCUGGUCUGCUGUACGCUGUGGUGAUGAACGCUGAGGUCUUCAUCGUCAUCUUGAAGGAAGGUGUUACCUUUCACAGCUUCAUGCUGCUCAUGGUGCCAUGGAUUAUGCUGGUCACUGGUCAGGUGACAGCGCAAGCAUUCACCUUUGCCUUCAUUGCUGACACCUGUGUGGUUGGCUUCCUGCUGGUCUCCGCCUUCCUCUUUUUCCAUGUAGCGUUGAUGCUGAGAGGGCAGACGACGAGGGAAUGGUAUUCAACCCGGCGACCUUACAGUCUCGGAGUGCUCGCCAAUGUCCGUGAGUGCUUGGGUGAGCACUGGUAUAUCUGCUGGCUCUGUCCUCUCAUUCCCUCCACCCUGCCCGGCGAUGGCAUCUACUUCAAAGUCACUGGCUCUCUUGAACCAAUGAAGUGAAGGCUCUGUGCAACUAAUUUGGCUCUAAAGCUGAAGAGAUUCUGAUGUUCUUUAUAUCUAAAAGUGGAUGCAGUUGAUUUUACCUUCAAAUCCUGUUGUGGAGACUGCAUUAACUUUAGGGUCACAAGCAGUAAAAUUGGUUCUGUACAGCUAUCCAUAAUAAUAUGAAGACAGAGCUAUAGAUAAUGAGAAGCCAGGGAAGGAUUCCAUUUAAGAUUAGUAGAUUUGAAGCACUGAUUACACUAACUGUGCACUGAGUGAAUAUUCUACCAGCUAUCUUUAAACAAUUACCAGCUAUAUUUGCAUCUUGGGAACCAGCAAGAAUCUUCAUUUUAUUUUUCACAAGUUAUUUUGCCAAAUCACUGUAUAUAUAAAUGGUUUAUGAUUCACUGUUGAUUUUGAUUUGAUAGAUAUCUAUUGUCCUUGAGUAUAAUGUGAUGUAGAUCUUGCAUUUAAUGCAUAUAUGUUAUUGUCCCAGCACAUUGUAAUUAUAAUAUAAACCAACUGAAUGCUAUUGUGCUGAAAGGAUUUAGUCUUGGAUGCACUUUAUUUUUAUUUACUCUAUUGGGUUUUCUUUUACAUUUUUUUCAUUGAUGUGCCAAAUAACAUGUUGAAAUCUAUAUGCCAAGGUAUUACUGUUACUUUUGAGUCUAUGUACCAUUCAUCUAAGGGUUAUGUUAGAGUUUACUCAGAGAAACAAUAAAAUAAAUAUUACUCAACUGUGACAA